AUGAGGUUGGUCCUAUUGUCACCGGAGCUAAAGUUACUGCUGCUGGCAUUCUUAUGUCAAAACGUUUGCCAAGGCCAACGAAUCUGGCGCAAAUAUGGACCACUUUAUGAAUCCACGAAAUCAGUUAUCGCUGAACAAAGCUUGCGUGCCUCCAAUCUAUGGAAUAGUACCCAGAAAGUGAUUCAUCAAAGGGCGGACCAAGUGCAGCAGACCAAGAAUACCAUAGAUGAGGAGCAGCGCAUAAUUAAUGCACGUCUCGAGCAAUUCUUCAGUGUCCAGCAUAGUCCUCAGCUGAGAUCUUGCUAUAAGCAAUAUGAACGACAAGUGGCCAGUUUGAAUCGUCAACUGAUCGAUAAGUAUAAGGUUUGUAGUCAAUCUUUGGAUACCAUAUUGGAGCACUUCGAGGAGGAAAUCGUAUUGGAAGCCAAUUUUAUGAGCAUUGCUUCUGGGGAAAUUGAAAAGUUAACCAAACUUUGCAAAGUUUGGCAAUUGAAGCAAUUGUCAUAUAACCAUAUGGGAGUUUUGCUCUGUACUGUGUCGGGAAUCGGUGGGAUUAAUCAACGUUUGGCUACCAGCUUAGAGCUAUGUCGGGACAUAUUGCUGGAGAUGUCACCGGAAGACUUGAACACACCAGGUUGUCGAACAUAUCAACAAUUAAAGAUGCAAUUCGAUCAGGUUUAUGUGGAUAUUCAAUCUUGCAUAGAGGAGUCCCAAUAAAUACAAUUAACGAGUCUUAUAGCCAACUCUAUGAAAAGCAGCUAA